GUAAUAAGUGUAAUGUGUUCAGCGCUCAGGUGUCUGUUCAUUGGAGAGGACAAGCUGGACCUUCAACUCACCUGUACGACAAGUGCUACUCGAGCUGGCACGUCAACAACUCUCUCACACACCACAUCGUGAGCGUCUCCUCCUCGGCCGAGUUUGGUAUACAACGUCUUGUAAAAUACGCCGUCAGUGGUUUCUUCUGCAACGCCACCAACUACUUUUGCUUCACCUCCGGACAUGAUUUUAAUUCCUGGUGGAGGGCCGACCUGGGCCAGCCACUUCGAGUGUCCUCCAUCUUGGUUCAGACGAGGCGGGAUAACUUCACUGAGUCACUGUUCCUCGGCGUCACUGUCUAUCUGGGUAACUCAAGUAACUAUGUGGAUAACCCAGUAUUCGACGUCUUCCCAGGGUCAGCUCCGCCCUGGGGGAUGUUGGUGACCUUCAAGCCCUCCCAGCCUGUGACGGGUCGCUACCUCCUCUUACACGCCCCCAACUGCCAAUUCUUGACCAUCUGUGACGUGCAGUUACUAGGAUAA